CAGCGACCGUCAUCCCUUAACUGCCGUAAAGUCAUGACGUGGUAAAGUUAUUUUUCCGAAGUUCAACUUGGAAGCUUAAGUACGGGUAUUAAUCUCCAACUCGAUAUUAUCAUGGUUAAACCCGGAAGACUCUACGCAUAUAUCGAUCCUUGGUUGCAGAGAUGGAAGCCAUCAUCAUCAGGAGCGUCAUACCGCCCCCUGCUUGCUGCGGUCGACUACGGUUCCCAAUACGAUCUCUCUGGCAGCAGUGAUGACAAUGUUUUGGAUUACAUCGACAGCUCACUUGUGGAGAAGAGGCUUCUCCGUAAGUUGGACUUUCGGGUAGCCUUCCUAGUUCUGGUUUACAUUAUGAACUAUAUGGACCGUACUAAUGCAGCUGCAGCGAGGUUGCGUGGUUACGAGGAGGACCUUGGCAUGGUUGGGACUCAAUUUAACACACUUACCAGCAUCCUUUAUGUGGGGUAUUUGUUGACGCAAGCUCCUUCCAACAUGCUCUUACAUCGCAUGAAAAGGCCAUCACUAUACCUCUCGAGCUGCAUGGCAAUAUGGGGUUUUCUCACAAUCUUCAUGGGUGCGGUACAAACAUAUCAUGCGGCUCUUAUUUUGCGCUUCUUUAUUGGGUUUGUGGAGGCAGCAUUCUUUCCCGGAGCUGUAUUUCUUCUUUCACAAUGGUACAAGAAAAAUGAACUAGGGUUGCGUACAGCACUUCUUGCUUGCGGGGCCUCGAUUAGUAAUGCUUUUGGUGCUCUUUUCGCAUCAGGGAUCUUGGGAUGCUUAGACGGUACACUAGGUUUUACGGCUUGGAGGUGGCUCUUUUUUGUGGAAGGCGCGUUGACCAUCGUGGUCGCGGUGUCUGCGGGCUGGAUUUUACCUGAUUUUCCUUCAACGCCGAGCGCCUGGCUUCUGCCUGACGAACAGAUACUGGCCAAGCAACGGAUGGAGGAGGAAGUCGCGACCAAAAAUGAGCACAAGAGUGAACCCGGAGGAGAUUAUUCUGGUCUUGCCGACGCUCUUAUGGAUUGGAGGGUGUGGUGGGUUGGUGCUGCCCUUAGCGUGAUGGUUUCCUCGAUGUCAUUCAGUAUUUACUUCCCGACGCUAGCCGCUACAAUGGGUUACGACGCGACUACGAGCCUCUUGCUCUGUGCACCUCCGUGGAUUUUGGGAACUUCGACCUCAUUUGUUGUGGCCAGGCACUCCGAUGUAACCGGUGAUCGAUUCUGGCACAUUGUUGGUCCUCUACUUGUCAGCAUCUCUGGAUUUAUACUCGCAAUUUCAACCAUGGAUACGACUUUGCGAUAUAUAUCCUUAUUCUUGAUGACUCAGGGCCCAGUUGCCUAUGUUGUCGCAUUGACCUGGAUCAUGAAUACCUUUUCCCAAUCACAGUCUAAACGCGCUGCAGCCAUUGCACUCAUAAACUCCAUGGCAUCAAGCGGCGUGAUCGUUUCAUCAUACUUCUGGCCAUCUAGUUGGGGACCUUCAUACGUGAACUCGUAUCUCAUUUGUAUCUUGGCAAGCAUCGUAUCUAUUGCGAUGUUAUGGGUAUUUAGGGUGCACCUUUCCCGGUGCAAUGAAGCUGCUGAAGCUGAAGAGCAAUCCCUGGGGCUGCCCAAGGGUUUGAGAUAUCUCCUAUAGCACUUCGAGUCGCUGCUCAGGUUCAGUAACGGUUAUACUUUGUUGGGUGAAAUUAUGGGAGCGGGUCUGAUUAUUAACAUGUACACAGUCGACCAAAAUACAUUAAUGCGAGUUGCGCUCCUCCAGAUU